AUGACGCAACAACUAAAAAGAACCACAUCAGCAGAAGAUGAGAUUUCAAAUUCAAUUAUAAAAAAAUUCAAAUCAGAACCAACUCAAACAACCACUACUCCAGCAUCAUUUGGUAUAUCGGAAGAGGAUGUGGGAAUAUUGAAGUUUAUAAAUAACUCAACCACAGGAUUCUCGGGACUACUUAAAACUUUACAUUGUGAUUUUCAAGUUAAUGAGAUACUGCCGAAUAAUCAAGUUGUCCAUUUGAUUGAUGAAGGUAUAGAUGUUGGUAAAACUAAUAGAGAGAAAAAAAUUGAAGCAGCAAAAGAAAGAAAAGGAAAAAGCGAAGAGGAACCACCGAAGGAAUUGAAGGAGGAAGAAAACAAAUCAAAUUACGAAUUAUCAUCUGAAAAUAAAGAACAACUUUUAACUUUCAUAACACCUGAAGAAUUAACUGAAAUUGAACAAUUAUUCACAACUGGUAACAACAUGGAAACCAAAACUUCUUUUGAUGAUAAAGAAAAAAGAACAAAGUUACAUCAAUUAUUCCGUGAAUCAUUUCAAAAUAAGUUGGAAACAGUUACAUCACCAACAAACACAUUCAAAAUAGCUAUAGCUAAGAACAAAGGAGGUAAUCAAAGAAGAAACAAUAACAACAAUAAUGGACAAGAAAGUAUGCAUCAUGUAGAUGAAAAUGGGGUUAUUAAUUAUGGAGCAGGUCAAUUUAAACCAUUUUUACAUUUUACAGUAUACAAACAAAAUAGAGAUACAAUGGAUGUUUCAAAUAAUAUUGCUAAGAUGUUAAGAAUACCACCAAAGACUAUAAAUUAUGCAGGUACGAAAGAUAGAAGAGGUGUAACAUGUCAAAGAUUUAGUAUAAAUAAAGGAAAAGUUUUGAGAAUUAAUGCAUUAAAUAAAAUGAAAAAUUCAAAUUUCAAAUUAGGUUCUUUUAAGUAUGAAGAUAAACCUUUAAAAUUAGGUGAUUUGAAUGGUAAUCAAUUCACGAUAACUUUAAGAGAUGUUAAAUUAGCUAAUAAUGAAACUGAUACAAAUAUAAAAGCAGUUAUAAGUCAGUGCUUCAAUAGUUUUAACCAACAUGGAUUCAUAAAUUACUUUGGAAUGCAAAGGUUUGGAUCAUUUUCUGUACCAACUCAUGAAUUAGGUAAAGCUAUAUUACAAGAAAAUUGGGAAAAAGCAGUUGAAUUAUUAUUAUCAGAACAAGAAUUAUGUUCACCUGGUACUGUUGAAAUGAGAAAAAUUUGGAAAGAUACUAAAAAUGCUAAAGAAGCUCUUGCAAGUUUACCAAGACAUUUCGUUGCUGAGAAUCAUAUUUUAAAAGUAUUGACAAGUGAACCACAAGAUGAAAACAAAAAUUUUAAACCUCACUCAUACCUUAAAGCUUUAUUGUCAAUACCUAAAAAUUUAAGAAUGAUGUAUGUACAUUCUUAUCAAUCAUAUAUUUGGAACUUAGUAGCUUCGAAAAGAAUUGAAUUAUUUGGCUAUGAAAUUCAAGAAGGUGAUUUGGUUUUAGCUGGUGAAGAAUCUACAAAAUUAAAAGAAGAUGAUGAAUUUGAAGAAGAUGUUGCAAAUUUUGAACCAAUACCAGUUAAAACAGUAACGAAAGAAGAUAUCACUACCAAAAAAUAUUCAAUAUUUGAUGUAAUAUUACCAAGUCCCGGUUUUAAAAUAACAUACCCAGAAAAUGAACAAAUUCAAAAAGUAUAUAUAGACACAAUGUCUUUUGAUAAUUUGGAUCCUUUUAGAUUAAUGAGAAAAAAUAAAGAAUUUUCUUUAACUGGAGCUUAUAGAAAUCUUAUAUCAAUACCAAAAGAUUUAUCAUAUGAUAUUGUUGAAUAUCAAAAUGAUCAAUCACCAUUAGUUCGUACAGAUUUGGAAAUUUUAGAAAUUUUAAAAUCAAAAGGUAUUAAAACAACUCCAGAUUCUGAAAUAAAUAUUGAAAAUUUCGGUAAAGAAGCCAUAGAUAGUAGAGUUAUAAAACAAGAAUUAAAAGAAGGUGAAGAAAUUAAAUUAGCAGUAAUAUUAAAAAUGAAAUUAGGUGUUAGUUCAUAUGCUACAAUGGCGUUAAGAGAAUUUAUGAGAAUUGAUACCUCAAGAUAUGCUCAUAUGAAAUAA